AUGUAACAUAAUUUUUCUAAAAAAAUAGAGGAAUUUCAAGAUCUAGAUCCAAGUGAAUAGUUUCCUUAAAGAAGAUUUUCUAAAACAAUAGGUUAUCAAAACAGUUAAUCAAUAUAAGAAGAAGAUGAAGAUCAAUCGUCUUCUAAUGUAUAAUAAUCAAAAGCCAAAUUACCAUUCAUGAAUUCUUCAAUUCAAUAACCUUGUGAAUAAUGUGGAAGUGAUAUGAAAGUUCCAACCAUAUAUACAAAUAUCCAUUCUAUUAAAAGUUUUGAAAAAAACCUCUUUCAACAAGAAUCUAAGAAGUAUAAAGUUGAUUUCGAUUUAUAUAUAGUAAACUAAUAGAUAUAUCAGGAUUUGAUAGUGAAAUAUAAUCUCCUCAAUCAGACUCUGUAUAAAAAUAUAUUAAUAUAGAUCGAGUCCUAUUUGGUAGAUAUAAACAAAUCAUCAACACUUAAUUCUUAGCACAUAAAAUCUAUAAUAAAUAGAUUUGUUCUAAAAAUGAGAAAAAAUGUGGAUUGGAAUAAAUUGAAGGAUUUUACAUUAAUUGAUAAUCAAUCUUAAUGUAAUAUUUAAUGAUAAAUAAUAGUUAAUCCUUAGAUUUACAAAUGGUUUACAAAUCUUUACUUUAUAUUAAGUUCAACAAUCAAUAUCUUAUCAAUUAUAAUGAUACCAUUAUAAAUUGUUGAAGAAUUAGAAUUUGAAAUGAUAGCUUACACUGCUCAUAUUUUAGUCAUUCUCUAGAUUACAGCAGAUAUUCAUUUCAAAAGAGGACCUUUUCAUUUAAAAGAGGGUAACUUUAAUAAUAAAUUCAUUGAUGAAUCCAAAUUAAUGUUAGACUCAUUAAGGAUCAUUUUUGCUAUCCUAUUAGUUUUAGCUUAUUAUUAUAAAAUGAAAUAUCUCAUCAUUCCCUAUUUCAUUUUAUAAUUGAUAAGAUAAGCUGAAUGUUUCGAAAACAUUUAUACUUCGAUUUAGCUAAUUUUUUAUAUAAUUGUUUUAUGGCUUACCAUAAUAAUGUCUUUUGUUUGUCUCUUUGAAUCUGAAUAAUAUGAAUAAUAAGAUGUUUAUUAUUCACUUACUAUUGCCAUAUCUAUUCUUGCUCAUAAUGGUAUUAUUGUUGUUGAUGUUACACCAAUAAAUUCUUUUAUCCUUUAGGUUUAUAUGAUAAUUAGUUCAUUAACCAUGAUUUAUACUGCUACCAUUAUUUUCAUUUGGAUCAAACCAGUUAUUAAAUUACAACAAGAAAAAGAGUAACAUUUGGCAUCAUUUCUUUAAGGAAUCAAAAACAAAAAUAUAGAUUAUGGAUUAUAAUGCAGAUCCUACUCAUAUCUUGAGUAUAUUGUUGAUGUAAAUUGGAUUCUCAGAUUUAGGAAGACAUCAUGAAAACCCGCGAUCUUUUGACUAAAAAAUUAUCUCCUGCACUUCAAGAAGAAUUACAAGUUUCCAUACGUUCAAAAAUGGUAGAGAAAAUCAAACUUUUUAAAAAGUUUUCCUCUAGUCUCAGAUAGUAAUUGAUCUAUUGGUUUGAAAUCGCUACCUAUAAUCCAGAAGAAAAUAUUGUCUAAGUAAUAUUUUAUAACAAAAAGUACUUCUCAGGAACAUCAUAUUGAAGACUUCUGUUUAUAUUAUAUCUUAAAAGGAAAAGUCAAAAUAUAAUUCCAAGGUUAAUUUUAAGGUAAACCUAAUAGAACAUUUGAUACUUUAUCAGAAGGAUAGACUUUUGGUGAAUUUUCAUUUAUUAGUGGAGUUCCAUCAUAUAUUUCAUUAAAUAGUGAAGGAUUGACAACAGUUUUGAGAUUGAGAAGAUCUGAUUUUUUAGAAAUCAUUAAGACUUAUCCUAAAGAUAAUGAAAUCUUUUGUUUUUAUAAAGAUAAUUGUAUUCAAAAUCAUAAUAUGUUUGAAUGUCAUUAUUGUAAAAUUAAAGGACAUAUGCUUUUUGAAUGUUAAUACUUGUAAUAUUAUCCAUAAAAAUUGAAUGUUAUUGAAAAAUAUUUAUAUCCUCAUGUACAAUAGCGUAUAAAAACAGAAAGACGUACUAAAUCACCAAAAACUUUAUUAAUGUUAUUUGUUGUAGGGGAAAGUGCAAAACAAUUUUAAUAAAAAUUAUCUUAGGAGAUUAUGACAUCAGAAGAUUUCCCAAUGUCUUCAUAAUUUCCAUAUAGUGAAAGUAUUAAUAAAAUUUAUAUAUAUAUAUUAAAUUUAUAUAGAUUAAACCCAACAAUCAGCCAGCUAUUUAAGUAAGACUCAAUCGAUCCAUAAAGUCAAUCCAGAAUAACUUAGUGAGAAUCCAGAUAGUAUAGAAGAUCAGUUAUAUGAAGAAAUGAUAAUAGAUCCAGUACUUAAUAAUCAAUUUAGAAAAUAAUAAAAUAAAAUAAGAACAGCUGGAUUUCCAUUUAUGACCGAUAACUUAGGUGCGAAGGUUCAUAAGCCUAUGAUAGAGAGCUUACAUAAAGAUAAAUUAUAAGUGAUUAGCGAAGCAUCAUAAAGUAAAUAAUUUGAUACUCUUAAUUCUAAAUAUGAAGAUACAAAUUAAUUGAGUAUGUAAAGUAGUGGUUCAUAAGCAUUUGCUAAAAAAAAUCAUUUAUAUUCCGCUGCUAGAUCAAUGCAUACUAAAUUGACAUUCAGAUAUCAAUAAUAAUAGUCAAAUUAAAUGGAAGAAUCAAUCUAAUUUUAACAACAACAAAAUUCUGUGAGGCAAACAUCAAAUAGAUCAAACACCUAUUCCAAUCCUCUUUCUAAUAACAUAUCCAAUAAUCCUUCGAUAACUUCAAAGGUACCUACAAAAUCUGCGAGAGUGUCUCCUACUUAAUUUUAAUCAUAGAAGAAGAAGGAGGAUAAAGGAACUCAUAGUGAUUAAUCAAUAUCUGAAUAACGACAUACAAAUAGAAAAAAGAGUACUAAGACAGGUACUAAAGUGAGUAUUCUAUAAUCUUAAUUUCAAGUGAUAAACACUCCUGAUGUAUUAAAAUUGAUUAAUUAAAAAGAAUCCACAUUAUUAAUAUAACGAGAUAUAUUUUAAUAGAUUUGAGAGAAUGCAUAAAUUUAAAUAUUAUAAUCCUCAUAAUAAUUAUGAUAAUGUGAUAUCAAGGUAAUGAAAUGAAAUAUAUAAAAGAACAAAUAAAUUUUAAAGAUUAAAAAAGAUGAAGUCUAGUGUAUACACAGUAAAAUGUUUUGUUUCUACAAGAAUAAAAAAAGUAAAGAGAUUAUUGUAAUAAUAAAUAUGA